AUGGGAUGUUAUAUUCAUUUUAAUUUAUUUUGCGUUCUACUGCUAGUGGACUUUGGACAACCAGACCUUGAAUAUGCAGGCUACGCCAAUACAGAAGCACACCUAGAUGAUCACCUAACACGGCCUGAUGUGGAUGUGGCUGACAGUGAUAAUGAGAUGACAAUGUCGUAUGAUUAUCACAAUGAACACCACGACAGUACCAUCCACCCAGAUCCCCAAGUGCAAUUAUCAACUGAUCAUUAUGAUGAACCUCACGAUGAUCAUUUAACCACUGGAAUGGAUGGUUUUGAAGGACACUCAGACACAGAUUACGAUCACCAUGGUCAUCAUGAUCACCAUGAUUAUCAUGAUCAUCACGUUGAACAUGAUCCACACGUUGAACAUGAUCCACACGUUGAACAUGAUCCACACGUUGAACAUGAUCCACACGUUGAACAUGAUCCACACGUUGAACAUGAAGUUGAAGAUCGAAUAGUGCGUUAUGCGUUGCAUAGGCGGCACGAAGAAAUUUGA